GGAUGUACUGAGCUCGCUUUGCAGUAAGUGAUCUCGAACAAAACCGACAGUCUAGAGCGACUGGAUAAUUAUAAAUAUAGAAUGUUACAUCACACUGGGAACAUAUAUAUACGCAACUGCAGCAAAGAUGUUAUCAUGCCAUAGAGUUGGAAGAGUUAGCUGUCAAGAAGAAAGUUACCGGUAAGGCGCGAAACUAAGACUUGUUUUAAGUUAGGUUUUGGAGUCCAUACAUUUAUCCCGAACAAACGCUCAAGUUCUUGAUCAAGUUGCUACAACUGAUUAAGUUUUUUAAAGAUUUUUCAGUAUGAAGUACUAACGAUGUACACCUUUUCUCCACAAAGUUUAUUUUAAACAUCUAUAUGCAGAUUAAUUUGGUUGACCCCAACUAAUUUUUAACUAUUUUGCUUUAAAGGUCUUUUGAAAACUGAAGUCACGAUCAACAUAUCACAAUGGUAAGUAGAUACAGUAUUUUGAUAAAAUUGUAGGUGGCCGUUUGUUAACUCUUAGUUUUAAAUAUGCCCGACAGAAUAGCAGUGUUGUUUUAGUCACUGAAAAACUGAGGUCGUUGUACACUAAACACGCCCUCGGCCAGGCUAUUUUCAGCCAUGAGAGUGAUUAGGAAUGGUCAAAGCAACUGUUCUUUAUUUGAGGAAGCAGAAUGUAAGCAAAUUUUGCUGUAAUCUUCGGCUUGCUUACUUGAAACUAAUAAUGUGCUAAUUUCAGCUCUCCUAGAUACCAACUUUGGCAAUUAUUUUCUCUGUAUUGAACAAAAACGCUUCAUUUUUUGAAUUUGUGUUCUCCUUUACAGCAGUUCUGAUACCUUAAUAAGGUUUUUUAGGUUAUUGAUUUUAUUUUUAUGUUCUCUUGAUACAGUCUAUGUCAGGGGUCCAAGUCGAUGGUAAAAUCAACGGUUUGUUUAAUGACAUGAAGAUGAGAAGCAAACACAAGUUUGCAUUCUUCAAAAUUGAAGGAAAGAAGAAAAUUGUUGCUGACGUGUGUGGUGAUCCAUGCAAAACAGAAACAAAAGAAGAAGAUGAAGCCCAGUUUAAUCGAAUGAAGGAGCAACUCAGCAAUGAGCCACGAUAUAUUUUGUAUGAUUUUGGAUUUGUGAAGAAGGAUGGCAGGAAAGUUAAUAAGUUGGCCUUCAUCUUUUGGUGAGUGAGGCUGUCUUUGUAUUUUUAUUAACUGGUGACCGGGCAUAAAAUUUUCCUUUAGUUUGAAGACAUUUCACAGGUGUUUUAAGCUGGAUUUUAAUGCAUGUAGCUCGACAGAGUCAAAGUUGUAAGAACAUUUUAUUUCAUUAACCUGGUGAAAAUCAAAGACUUUAUUUGAGUCGUAAGCGUGGUUAUAAGUGAAACAGAAUCGGUGGCCUACGUGUCAGGCGUUUGAAAGAAAAUGGGAAGGGAAUUCCGGGCGCUCGAGAAGCGCGAAAGGCGCGCGAGUGGAGUAUAUGGUCUUUUUCGUUUUUCACAUCUACCAGGGAGAUGCAAAAAUAAUUAUUUGAUACCUUAAUUAAUGAUACCUUAAACCGAUUGGUUGAAGUCUACAUCACGCUAUUUGGGACUUCUUGCUGGUGAUGAAGACCCUGGAAACUUGCUUUCAUCGCGGCCCUCUUACAGAUCCUUAAACUCGUUUUAUAAACUCGGCACAGGUCGUUGCAAAUUUCCUCCUUCAGUUUAGCUACAAAUGGCGUCGAACCCGGGCCACUUUGGUUGAAGGUGAAUGCUCUCUCCACGAUAGCCUGCGUGGCCGGCGUUGAAAGGGGAAGGGGGAAUUUGGGCGCGCGCGAGAGCGUGUGGGGCGCGCGAGGGGGAAAGGAAAGGAACGCGUUCCUUUCCUUUCAACGCCGGCCACGCAGGCUAUCUCCACGGUGCCUUCCUUGUUCCCUGAAUUGAUGUAUGAUUAAUCAAAGUGCAAUAAUCAAGAGAUUAUUAAAUAAAAAAAGUAGCCGGUUCCAGGCUCUCAGAUAGUAAGGAUGAUGCGUAAGUGUAAGGCACGCGAAAAUAUAAGCACGCGAUCUGAGAAAAAUGGUCGGCGCCGCCCUUCCUCUCCCCAGUCUCCUCCAGUCAGUUUAUUCUCAAAGUGUCUGCAGUUUCUCAAUUUUGCUGACCCGACUAUCUCGGAGCCUUGAACGGGCUAAUAAAAACGGUCUUUAGGUUUAGUUUGUGUGACAAAGUACACCUUUAUUGCCUGGUUCUCAUUUCUACUUAGAGACUGUUCACAUAAAGUGAGCCAGCUUGGUUAGCAAGACUGGCCUGCUUUACCGGGCUGGUUCAGCUCGUGCCUUGUUUCCUUACAAAAUCGUUGUUGUGUUUAUAAGAGAAGACCGGCUGACCCACUUGCUGAGAUCUUCCUUCGAGGAACCAAGAUCUCGACAAGCGGGGCCGAGCCAGCUUGGUUAACUGGGCUGGCUCAUCUUAUCUCCCUCUUUUGUUUUAGGUGUGACGAAAAUGCAAAGAUUGGAGACAAAAUGAUAUACGCAUCUUCAAAAGACACCAUCAAAAAGUCCUUCACUGGUUUAUCACUGGAAUUCCAAGCAAACGAUGAGGGUGAUUUGGAUUACACAACUUUGAGAGAGGAAGUGGAAACUAGAAACGCUUAGACAGCAUACAUCAGAACACGACACUCAAGCUUUUUACAACUUUUCCUUUUUGUUUUUGUAUAAUCUGCCGUUUAGUUUUAGAUGACAAGAAAUAUCAAUAACUGCAUGCAAUCUGACUGUAUUUUAUACGUGUUAUCUCUGAUCGCCUAUUGAAUUUAACAAUGGCGGAAGGCCAUUUUGUAGAUAGAAUUAUUUAAAACCUUUAAAUACCUAGAAGCGAAUGUUGUGACACUUUAACUUGACAUUCUCGGGAACUAAAUUUGUAGUAAACAGUGUUUUUCUUCCUGGCAUAUUUUGUUGUCUUGAAAACAAUCAUUUCAUAAAUAUUUACAGGUCGUUUCGAUACAAGUUGACUAGGUCGAGGUGUAAAUGGUUUCACGUGCUUGGCUUAAAGAACGAAGAAUACUCACCUCAAAUGUUUUCUUGUCCACGUGCAAACUCAGUAUACUUGAAGAGAUCAAAAUUCUUGUGUAAUUUCAGUGCUUCGGGGGCGAAUUGAAACGACUCUGUAUCGAAUCGACCGGUUUCCUCGCAAACAUAC